AUGUACCCAACUCGAAAAGCACCUUCACCACCGACGUCUCCUUUCGGAGAAGCUGCCUUACCUCCUAAUCAUCCUUUCGCAACUUACUAUAUUCCUCCUCCACCUUCUUAUCCUUACAAUCAUCAAAGAGGACUAUAUCACUCAAGUUCCGAACAAUCUCUGGACUCAUCUCGGUAUUCUCAGUCUAUCGGAUCGUACAAAACCCAGCGACCCCCUACUUCUUCAUUGGCUCAGCCCCUCUGUCCUAAAUCGUCUUCUCGAACCUACCCUGUAUUGGGUCAUUUCGCACCUCAACCUCUGAAUCGAACUAUCUCCAAACCACACCCACAACAAUCCAUGGAAUAUGGUAGUGCACCUCAUCCAGCAUAUUCACGAUCAACGCCUCCAUCUCCAAUUCAAUCUCGAUAUUCAGCGGGUCUACCGACCGAAUUGACAAUGUUCGAUACCAAACCUAAACAAAACCUUUUAGGUGAUGUCGAAUACAUCUUGGGCAAAAAAAUACAUUUCCCAUUUUUACAUAAUCUCACAAACUCAAAGUCGAAGAAAGGCAAAGAUGAAGAAAGGAAGAAAAAGAGAAAGAGAAGAUUGACUAAAGAUAGAUAUGCUCAAGAAGGAUGGGAGUGGCAGGGAACUUUGGAGAGUUAUGAUCUCUCGCCGGAAGAUGUGGUCGUCGUUGAGAAAAGAAGAGGAAGGGGUGUGAGGGAAGGGAAUUAUAUUUAG